AUGGCGCCGUUGGUGCACCGAUUCUCCGAAGCGGCUAAGGACCCUCAGAAAUUGGCUGAGUUGAAGAUAAUGCUGAAUGUGCUUUGUCACGAGACUUCCUAUGUCGACGAGUGCCGCAUGAUGAAGUCCAUCGUUCUCUUAGCUGUUGUCGCUGCAUGCUAUGCAUUCGACAAAGAGUCGAUGCUGAAGCACAACAAGAUCAGCAAAGAACCUGUCGGCAGCGUUGAUAUGCCCUCCACAUGUGAAGAAUGCAAAUCGUUGGUGCACCGAUUCUCCGAAGCGGCUAAGGACCCUCAGAAAUUGGCUGAGUUGAAGAUAAUGCUGAAUGUGCUUUGUCACGAGACUUCCUAUGUCGACGAGUGCCGCAUGAGGAUGCUCACCGCGUUUGCAAGUCAUUCCACAUGUGCUCCAACUCUCGUCUUGAAGCAUUCCACCGAAUCGGACUGCUCUACGCAAAGAGAACGAUGA